AUGGAGAAAAAAACAGUUCAUUGUUUGGUGUUGUCAUUUCCAGCACAAGGUCACAUUAAUCCAAUGCUUCAACUCUCUAAGCUUUUGCAACAUGAAGGGGUAAAAGUGACAUUAGUCACCACCCUUUACUAUCGCAAAAGCUUGCAAAGUAUACCAUCUUCAAUUGCAAUCGAAACUAUUUCAGAUGGUUUUGAUAACGGUGGACUUGAAGAAGCAGGUGGAUCAUACAUAACAUAUUUAGAUCAAUUUUGGAAAAUAGGACCAAAAACUCUAGCUGAACUUAUUGAAAAACUCAAUAAAUUAGGUGACACGGUUGAUUGUGUUAUUUAUAAUUCAUUUUUUCCUUGGGCUCUUGAUGUUGCUAAGAGAUUUGGGAUCAUUGGUGUUUGUUUUCUCACUCAAAAUAUGUCGGUGAAUAGUAUUUUCUACAAUGUUCACAUAGGAAAGUUGAAAGUUCCCAUCAUAGAACAAAAUGAGAUUUCACUUCCUUUGUUGCCUACACUUGAAAUUGGGGAUAUGCCUUCAUUUUUCUUACCAAAAGGACAGAAUCAAGUUUUGCUUGAUUUGAUGGUGGGUCAAUUCUCUAAUAUUGAUAAAGCAGAUUGGAUUCUAUGCAAUUCAUUGUAUGAUAUAGAAAAAAAGGUAGUUGAUUGGACAAUGAAGAUUUGGCCCAAAUUUAGGUCCAUAGGACCAUCCAUACCAUCAAUGUUCUUAGACAAACGACUUAAAGAUGAUGAAGCUUAUGGUGCUACACAAUUCAAAAGUAAUGAAGAAUGCAUGGAAUGGCUAAAUGAUAAGCCAAAAGGGUCAGUUGUUUAUGUUUCUUUUGGUAGCAUGGGAACACUUGAUGAGGAACAAAUACAAGAAAUAGCUUAUGGUUUAAGAGAUAGUGAAAGUUACUUCUUGUGGGUUGUUAGAGCUGCUGAAGAGAUUAAGCUACCAAAAGAUUUUGAAAAAAAGUCAAAGAAUGGCUUAGUAGUGACAUGGUGCUCACAACUAAAAGUUUUAGCUCAUGAGGCUAUAGGUUGUUUUGUAACACAUUGUGGUUGGAAUUCUACAUUGGAAUCAUUGAGCUUAGGAGUUCCAAUUGUUGCUAUGCCACAAUGGUCAGAUCAAAGAACCAAUGCAAAGUUUAUUGUUGAUGUUUGGAAGAUGGGAAUUAGAGUUCCUAUUGAUGAAAAAGAAAUUGUAAGGGGAGAUAAAUUGAAGAAUUGUAUAUUGGAAAUAAUGGAGGGUGAGAAAGGAAAAGAGAUUAAGAGCAAUGCCACACAAUGGAAGAGUUUGGCUGUUGGAGCUUUUGGUGAGGAAGGAAUUUCUCAAAAAAACAUUAUGGAGUUUGUUACUAGCAUGUCCAAUGUGGUGAAUGGACUCACAAAUUAAUAAAUCAUAUUUAAUCAUGUUUAUUUUGUUUGAGCUUAUAGA